AUGUCCUCAUCAACCAAACAAAACCCAUCUACCCAAAACGUGAAAGAAGAAGUCUUGUUGCGGAUUCCCGAUUGUAGAGUCCAUCUGGUUGAUGAAUCCAAAACGUUGGAGCUCGCCUACGGGGAGUUCAAGCUUGUAAAGGUCUCAAACAACGGCGUGAUCGUCAGAAUCGGGCAUGAUCUUCAAUGGCCGGUGGUUACAGACGAGCUGGUGGUGAAUGUCAACGCUCAUGAUUACCUCUUCACGCUUCCGGUUAAAGUCGGUGAUCCUCUUAUUAGGUACGGAGUCACUUUCUCCGUCGACGAAGGCAGAGACGUUGUGAAAAGCCUUGAGUUUCUAGAAGAGUUCAUGAGGGAGAACUCUUGUUUCUCAUCUUCGGGUAAGAACAAGAAAGAAAUUGAUUGGAAAUAG